AUGGGAGAAUCAUUCAGUACGAAUAGUUACUGGCUUUGUUUUAAGAAGAAAGGAAAUGACAUGGCAAUUUCGAUUGAGGAGACUGGGGCUCCCGACGAAAAUAAGUAUACGAUUGUAGCGAAAUCACCAAAUAGAGAGGAUCUAACUCAGAUUUGGGUUUACAAUGCAGAAUCUCAAAGGUUCGUUUCUCUUUUUUACCCAUUUGUUAGCUUUAUUGAAGAAAAGGUCGAUGACCAACACAGUAAGCUGGCAAUAGCCGAAAUUGACUAUGGUAAGAACGUUAAUCAAACGUUUUCAUUUUACUCGGGCUUUAUAGCAAACAAAAAUCUCGAAAAAUUCAUAAUUCCUACGGAAGAUCCAGACGAUCCUUUCAUAUUAUCUUCAAAUAUACCAGAUGAUAUAACAAUGGAGAUACACACAAUUGACAUUUCCAAUUACUGUAUUCCAUAUCCAAUACCCGAAAUACCAUGUGCAAUUUUAUUUUCAAUUGCAGCUGAAGAAUAUGCAUUAACGCUGGGACCUGUCUUAUCAGCCUAUGAUAAUGCCAGAAAGUUAACAUUCACACCAUUUAAACUUGAUGAAGAUCCAAAUCAGUUUUGGUAUUAUUUUCCGAAUCAUAAUUACUCAUUUUAUUCCUGCGCAGAAUCUGACACUGUCAUCAAAACAGUUAAUGAUAAUGGUUCCAUUGAUAUAAUUAUGUCAAGUUCAAAUACCAAAAAGAAAAAUCAGAAUUGGAAAAUCUUUAAGAGAAGUAUUUACUCUUCCAAGUAUGAUGCAUUCCUUUCUAUUAAUGAAAAGCGCAAGAAUUUUGCUCUUUGUAAUGAUGAAAAUAAAAUUGAAGAAAAUCAAUUUUAUUAUUACCCAUUAUUCGAACACAAGACAGGCAUUCUUGCUAGAAAUGAAGUAAUAUCUCCAAAUGAUGACAUGAGAGAUAUGAGUUUAUAUAGCUCAGACUUUGAUGAAUACGAUGAAGAAUCUAGAUAUUACGCUUCGGAUUCAGAUCCCCUUCUCGAUAAUUUUAAUAUGGUUGAUGAACUGGAUCUCUACCAAUAA